GGCCCCUCCGGAUAUCCAGAUUUUCGAAUCGGAUCCGGAUCGAAUCUCGGAUCGAAUCCGGAUCUCGGAUAAAAGUCCCAGGCCUAUGUGGUGGGUUGUUUUAAACUAGAAAACACAAAAUGCCAUUGACUAACUCAAUAAUAACAAUUGUUAUAUUUACUAUAUUAUUAUCUGAAUGUCAAAAACAUCAUCUGGAAAAUAUGACCGACUCUCAUUGUAUACUUGGCCUAUUAUUAAGAAUCUUUGAUGGAAUUUGGCUAGAAAAAAAUUUAUUUGUUGUCCAUUUUAAUUUUACUGGAUUAUUUUGGUGUAACUUGAUGUUAGAUAGUAUAGUAAUAACAAAUCAGAGCAUAGCUGCAUAGGUGGCCUUGAAUUUGUGCCGGUGCACUCUCCAUUCUUUGCUUAAUCUUGAUCAAGAAGAGUCCCAACUCCCAACUAUCUUCCAUACAUACAUCUGGUACGCAUUAUACACUAUGCAAUAUAAUAUAGUUUAAGAAGAAUUCGUCAUAAAUUUGAUAUUGAAAGAAAUAGUAAAUGUUGAGGAGUUCGUCUGUAUAUAUAUAUUUUUUGACCAAAGGCUUUUUGUUUUGAAUUUUAAAUGACCAUAAAGUGCAUUUAUAUAUUUUCCAAAAUAAAUAAACCGAUAAAAUGACAUGGACAGAAUCGUCUGUCCCCAAAACAUCUCCAUUGUCCGUACUCAACUCACGUCUAGGUGGUAGCAGAUCACAUACAUAUCUUUUUUUUUUUUUUUUUUUGUUAACCGAGGGUCCCAGGCCGGGGCCCAGACAUCCCUCGAGGCCCACAGCAGCCACGUCAUUUCCACCCCAGAAGUAGCAGGGUGGGCCCGGGUGGCCACCUAGUGAUUUAACCGUAGUGGGGUGCCUUCGAACUCAGGUCGAUUAGCUCACUGGUGUCCGCCUACCACUAGGCCACCAAGAGGUGGUUCACAUACAUAUCUUUCCCCCGUUUUUUCAUCAUUCUCCAUUUUCUACUUCUGGGGCUUAGUUUUUUUUUUAAACUUGUGGGAAGAAAUGUCAUCGGCGCCGUCUCCGAGUGCUACUCUGUCACCUCCUCUCCCGCCUACCGUCAUUCCUCCUGUACCUCCCCUGACGCCUCCUCCUCCGCCGCCUACCGCCACACCUCCUACAACUCCCGUGAUACCUCCUCCGCCGCCUACCGCCGAUCCUCCCACAACUCCCCUAACGCCUCCUCCGCCACCGCCUACCGCCAUUCCUCCUCCGUCGCAAUCCACCGAUUUGACGCCUCCACCUCCGUCUUCUCCCUUGCCGCCUUCUCCUCCGCCACCGUCUCCCGCCACUCCAACACCUUUGACCCCUUCUCCACCGCCGCCAUUCACUAAUCCAACGUCUCCGCCUCCGCCUCCGUCUCCCUCCACACCCCCUCCGCCUCCGUCUCCCUCCACACCCCCUCCGCCUCGGCCAGUAACUCGGAGCCCUCCACCUCCACCGAGGCCCCCAGGCGGAGGAUCUCCUAGAACUCCAUCUAUCACCCCAGGCUUUUCUCCACCGCCUCCGGCUUCCUCUCCCGGAGGAUUAUCAACGGGAGUGGUAGUUGGAAUAGCCAUCGGAGGAGUAGCUCUGCUUGUAGCAUUGACCACAUGCAUUUGGUUGCUCUUGUCGGUUAUUGCAUCGCUGAUGCGCAAAGAUUGCUUGUCUAUGAGUUUGCUCCGAACAACACUCUCGAGUUUCACCUCCAUGGGAAGGGACGGCCUCCACUAGCAUGGAGCUCAAGAUUGAAGAUUGCUGUUGGUUCUGCCAAAGGAUUGUCGUAUCUUCAUGAAAAUUGUAAUCCUAAAAUCAUCCACCGUGAUAUCAAGGCGGCAAACAUAUUGCUUGAUUUCAAGUUUGAAGCAAAGGUUGCUGAUUUUGGUCUUGCCAAGAUUGCCUUGGAUACAAACACUCAUGUAUCUACACGCGUGAUGGGAACCUUUGGGUAAAAGAAUCUUCAAGCAAAAUAUGUACAUAUGUACAAUUUGCAAAGUGUCUUCAAAUCCUUAAAUUUUGUUUUUUGGUACUUUAGUAUUUGGCUCCUGAAUAUGCUGCUAGUGGAAAGCUUACAGAAAAGUCUGACGUUUUCUCA